UGAAACUCACCACCACCAUGGGGAGUUAAGGGCACGGCGACGGGAUGGUUUUUGUUCGCGUUUAGUCCCUCAAAGCUUAUCCACAUGCCGCCUUUUGGACUACAUUGUUUGCGCCAGUGUUCCCGAUGCAGCGGAUUACGGGGAACGGGCUUCCAGAAACGGUUGAAUUGUUUUCCUGCAGAGUCACAGCUACGGGAGAAGGUCUGACCUCUGCCUUGAGCAAUCUGAGACAUGAGUGUUGUCAGAGAAUUACAUGGAAUUGGCUACAGGGGCGGUGGAGGGGUUGUGGCCUCUCUGAACGGACCCACCCACUUUACUGAAGAUGCACCGCGACCUCCAGUUCCUGGUGAGGAAGGGACUGAUCUGGACCCCCCAGUCCAGUCGGUCAACAGCCGUCCAAAUACCCUAUACCAACCGCAAGGCCACCCUUUGUCAUCUAAAAUGGGGGAUCUAUCAAGUUACUCACCUUCUUCAUCGUCUGCAACUCCACGUCGCCCUGACUUGGACUUGGGCUAUGAACCUGAGGGCUCAGCCUCUCCAACUCCACCUUAUCUGAAGUGGGCUGAGUCACUACACUCUCUUCUAGAUGACCAGGAAGGCACCCAGCUGUUCAGAUCCUUCCUGUGCCAGGAAGGGUGUGAAGACCUGGUUGACUUUUGGUUUGCGUGCUCAGGGUUCAGGAAGACCAGUCAGGAGAAAAAGCCCAAGCUGGCUAAGGCCAUCUACCGGAAAUACAUAGUGGAUGGAGGUGGGAUCGUCUCCAGGCAGAUCAAAUCGGCUACUAAGAGCUUCAUCAGAGACUGUGUGGGAAAGCAGCAUCCAGACCCUGCCAUGUUUGAACAGGCUCAGACAGAGAUCCAGGCUAUGAUGGAGGAGAACACCUACCCUUUGUUUCUCAAAUCUGAUCUGUAUUUGGAGUACACUCGGACAGGAGGAGAGAGCCCCAAGCCUAAUCCCAGUGAUCAAAGCCCUUCAUCAGGGCCAGUCAAGCCUCUGGCUGGGUACUUGCCUACUCUUGCUGAGGAUGAGGAGUGGAGGUGUGGGGGUGGAGGAGGAGGGAGGGAAGUGGAAGAAGAGAAAGACGAGGAGUGUGGAGAUACACCAGCUGGUAGGCUGACCCAAAGCCUGCUGAUGCAGACAGUGCCACAGAGAGCCUCGACCAGCAGGAGGCGGCAGGACAGCAGGGAGUACAGGCCGUGGCGAGAGCCGGUAAACCCGUACUAUGCUAACAUGGGCUACGCUCGAGCUCCAGCCACCAGCGCCAACGACAGUGAGCAGCAGAGCAUGUCGAGCGAUGCAGACACACUGUCACUAACUGACAGCAGCGUAGAUGGUAUUCCUCCAUACAGAUAUCGGAAACAGCAUCGCAAAGAGAUGCAUGAAAGUGCCAAAGCCAACGGUCGUGUGCCUCUACCUCAUAUACCUCGUACAUAUCGCAUGCCAAAGGACAUCCAUGUAGAGCCAGAGAGGUUUGCAGCAGAGCUCAUCAGCAGGCUGGAGAAUGUUCUCAGAGAAAGAGAGGCUCAGGAAAGACUCGAAGAGCGGCUGAAGAGAGUACGACUGGAAGAAGAAGGGGAUGAUGCUGAUGUCUCCAUGACAACCUCCAUGUCUUCUCAUAGCAUACCACUCACCCUCCCUUCAUCCUUUCCACCUUUAUAUGGUGCCCGUUACUCAGAGACCACUGCUAACACGGGAACAGCCGCCACUUACGGCGGCCUGGUUGCCAUGGAGGAUUCCCAUGAGGACGACCCAGAAUCCAUUUUGGACGAGCAUGUACAGCGGGUGAUGAAGACACCGGGCUGCCCAUCGCCAGGGGCAACCAAUAACAGCUUAGGAGGAGGAGGUCGGCACACGCCGCCCAAAUCAUCACGUUCGCCUGAUGGAGGAACCGGGCCGCCUCUCUACCCUGCACAUCGAGGUUCGGGUCACAGUUUGCCUGGCGCUGGGGUCAAAGGUGUGUAUCAUCACAAGCAGCUAUACCACCACAGAGGAAGAGAGGGCCAGGACGAGGCGGGCUCUAGGUCUCAGGCCAGCUUCAUAUGGAAUGGAGAUCAAGCCAAUCAGCACACGGGAAGAAGAAACUACGCAGACGGAGCUGGAGCCAGCACCCUGGAAGGGAUGGGUUACAGUAGUAAAGGUAGCACAAUGUCCAGGCGAGGCUGUAAAAAGACGUCCGAGUCGUCAGGGAAAGGUGAAGAGGGCGGGCGUGUCUUGGAAACCCAAGUUCCACUUGAGGAUCUGGAAAGAAACCAGAAGAUUAUGCAGUGGAUGAUGGAAGGAGACAAACAAAGGAAAGGUUCUCAUGGCGGCAGCACAAGCAGUUCCAGGAGGACGGGAACCAGCAGCGAGUCGCCACGUCCAACUUCAGUGGAGCGACCCGGAGCUGUGCACCCUUGGGUCUCCGCUCAGCUGCGUAACAAUCCCUCCUCCGUGUCCACAGCUAUCCCUAGCUCUUCAUCCACUCAGGUUCAGCCUUCGCAUCCUUUCAUUCAGGACCCAGCUAUGCCCCCCAACCCAGCUCCCAACCCUCUUACCCAGCUGGAGGAGGCUAGGAGGAGGCUGGAGGAGGAGAGGAGGAGGGCUGCGUUGCUGCAGGCCAAGCAGAAGCAUAAAUCUGGGAAGCGGCAAGUAUGUGAGAACAUGACGGUGGCGUACUACUUCUGCGGAGAGCCAAUUCCUUACCGAACAUCAGUCAAAGGUCGUGUCGUAACGUUGGGCCAGUUUAAGGAGCUGCUUACCAAAAAGGGUCGUUACAGGUUCUACUUUAAGAAAGUGAGCAAUGAGUUUGACUGCGGCGUCGUGUUCGAGGAGGUUAGAGAUGACGAUGCCAUCUUGCCCAUCUUUGAGGAAAAGAUUGUUGGGAAAGUGGAGAAGGUCGACUGAAAUCCAAGGACGUGGAACGGGAAAGUCCAGCGUCAAGAGAGGAGACGGGAAGAAAAACGUUCUCGAAUGGAACGUCGGGAAGAAGAAAAACGGACAGAGCAAUGUGUGAGAGAAGGGAGACUGUGUUGCGUAGGAGCUUGAGGAUUAUGGAGGUGGUUAUAUGUGAAGGCCUGCCUGGAACGAAACGAUAAAUGUCCAGGUGAUGCAGGAGUGAUGGAAGAGGGCAAAAUAUUUCACCUGUUUGUCUUCAUUGUGGAUUUUCCAAAAGAGUAAGAAUAAAAAGGGGAGGGCGCGACUCUCGCUCCUGGAAGAAGAGAGGAUAAAGUAGUCUUCCACUUCUGCUCUGGAGGACUCUGUCCUCCGCAGACCAUUAUGAUGCUGCUACAUUACCACAGAAACUCUUCAAUCGGUGCUCGAGACGGCGGGGAAAGCAGUUUUGUUCCUUUUAGGAGUCGAGCUGCUUUUUGUUGUCUCUGUUCCUGAUCGGCUGGGGACGGGGGGGUAGGAGGAGGACAGUGGGACAUUCAGCCUGCUUCUCAUUUUGUUGACUUCAUAGCCUCAAAACCGAGUACCUUGUUCCUAGCUGUCACAGGUGAUCUCACAGUAACACACUCAGUUUUUUUUUUUUUUUUGCAUAACUUGUUUACCAAAGCUACAUAUUUUUGAUAAGACAAGUAUUCUAGUGACUUGUUGUUUUAUUUGUAUACAUACAAGGCAGGUACUAUUAUUACAGCAGCCUAAUUUUCUCAUAUCUCAGUUUAAUAUUGUAUUAAUGUCUUUGUUUUUAAAGUAGCUCAUUAGUCAUGUCUGAGCAGCAAUUCUUUCUUUUUAUUAAAUCACAUUAACUGCACCUCACUUCUAGACAGUUAACCUGUGAGUGGAGAUUUCUCUUGUUUUAAAAUACUUACAAAUAUAUAUUUUUCACUAUUGGGAUCCACAAAAAAAAAAACCCUCAAUUUAUAUCAGGUCCAAUUCUCUUAUGUAAAGCUGCAGAUGUUCAUUUUUGGGGUCUCCUUUUGAAUGCGAGGUUUAUUAUGAGGCACUCGUCAGCGUGCACAGUCCAAAUGGUCCCAAGAUUUUGGGCUGCUCAAUCAGCCUCAGAGAACUAUUGUAGACUGGUAACAAAAGCUCCAACAAAACCAUAAAUUGCCUUUAUAACUCAUAUUUUUCUGCUUUAUCAAAAGCCUGCGCCCUCACCUUUGAGCUGUAAGUGCCAGCCUGCCUGGCUUGUGGCAUUGCUCUCUCUAAAAAAAAAAAAAAACGCUCUUAAGCGCAUUGAUGUGUGUAAGCCUGUCUGUCUUGUACGCCUAAACUCAGCCAAAGAACAUGUAAAUGUCUCCUCCAUGCCUUCAUGCAGUCCACAGUUGUGGGUUAUUGUUUUUCAUCAUGAGCUGAAGGGAUUGUUUUUGCUGCAGGUUCACAGACCUGAAACACGGUGACGUGACAUUGUUUCAAUUUUCCCCAUUAUCCUAAAAGAUAGGUUUGACAUUGUGGAAGAUCUUCACAACGAUCAAAUUCACAUCGGAAGUAUGAAACCGAAGCCAACAGCUGCUAGCUCACAGGACAAAACUGGAAAACGUUUAGACAUUUAUGUGCAUCAGAAACACGAGGUUUGCUUCUAAAGGUUAAUGGAUUUCAUUUGUAGAGUUUUAGUGUUGAUUUGUCGUGAGUUAAUUAAGUAUUGGUGAGAAUUAAGUGUAUAAGAUAUUCCCGCACAGUUUACUAAAGCCUUGCUUAGUAAAAUUGGUUCAUUUAGCCUCAAACAAUAUAAAUAAACCAAAAGGCAAUAAAUUAAUACAUAUAUAUUGGAAGCUGGAGAUUAAAAAAAAAAAUCUUGUUUAUUUUAUGAAAUGUAACAUUAAACCCUGCUUCAGAUGUGUGUUUAAUAAGGAAAAACUAAGUGGGCAGAUUUAUUGAAUGUACGCGGCUGACUACAGUUUAAAUUGUCUGUAGGCCUAGCUUCAUAUUUAUUAUACAGAUUAAUAUUAAAUCAUGUUAUCUAACUUUCUUCAA